AUGACCUCCGCAGAACCCAGCGCUUCUUCGGCCUCGGCCGCAUCGCCCGUACUCUCAGUACCCUCACAACACCAAUAUUACCAUACGCAAACCCGCCCUGCAUCAUGUGGUCCUCUCCUCGCGCUUGACACUCGAUACGAAGAAAGUGCUCUCAGAACUCCACUCCACGCCCUCCCCUUUCCGCAUCCAAAAUGGUGUGUUGAUCCGGCCACCGGAGCCGUAUACGAAGACGCAAGUGCGAUACUAGAAGCGUGUGAAACAGGGUUAGAAGAUGUGCGACCAAGCAUAGAAAAUAUCGAAAAGGACGUAGUGACGAAGAAGAAAAGGGAUUUUCAAGAGAAAGAAAACGAGAAAUCCCGAAGCAAAAAAAAGGAGAGGCAAGAAUGA